AUGUCAACCCCGAAAUCCACGCCCCGUGGCGGCGGCGGCGGCAACGGCAACGGCAACGGCAACGGCGAUUUCGACGGCCUCGGAACUCCGUCCAGCGAAACCACGAACCCCUACGGCGCUGCCCCCCAGCCGACAUAUGCAGCCUUCUCCUCGUCCAACCUCUCGACUGCCGCUGCUGCGGCGAAGAGGCGAUCAACCAUCUUGGUCCACCAGAAAUCACCCCUCCUACUGGCGACCCCACCCCAGGUCACAAGAGCCCUUGCGUACAGCCAUCCGUUCCUGCUGCCCUUGAACAAGCUGGUCGGACUGCUGAGCUGGACCACGGGCGACCCAUGGGAGAGCUUCCUGCUGCUGGCCCUGUUCUGGGCGACUGUGCAGUAUGGCGACGUGGCCGUGCGCUGGGCCGGCCCCAUCAUUACGGUCCUGGCCAUCAUCGCGGGCAUGUACGCCCGGCGUUAUAGUCCGCUGAGCAGUAGCGGAUGGGCGGAGCACCCGAGCUGGACGGCGACUGCGAACAGCAACAAGAAGGCCAAGGGCGCCGGCGCGGCUUCGGGCCCGAACGGCGGAGCCCCCAACGCCGCUGCGCACCAGCGCAACACGAGCGAGAUCACCAACACGAGACAUCAGAAGACGCUGGACGAGAUCGUCGAGACCCUCAAGGUCCUCACCACGCGAUGCAACAUCCUGCUGGAGCCGCUACUGGAGAUGACCGACUUCCUGAGCACCCAGCGCACGGCCACGAGCGCGACUACGAGGCCCGCUCUCACCACGCUGUUCGUGCGCAUCCUCGCCAUUACACCAUUCUGGGUGGCCCUGACCCUGCCGCCGCUGAGGAUAAUCACCACGAGGCGGGUCGCCAUGGUGUUCGGGACCAUGGUGUUGACCUGGCACUCGAGGGUCUGCCGAGUCUCGCGGACACUGCUGUGGCGCAGUGCCGCGGUCCGAAGGCUUGCGAGAUGGGUUACGGGUCUCGAGUUUGAAGGACCCAAGAAGCCCACUCCCGGAUCCAAGGAUGGGAAGGCUGUGGAUAUCGCCACGGAUAAGGGAGCCGUACAAAAAUCGCAAUCUUAUUCUGCCCUGACGGCGGCACUGAGGAGGAAAAGGUCCUCGCACUCUAGCAAGGAGACGGGAGUCAGGUUCACGUUCAUUAUAUACGAGAACCAGAGAAGAUGGGUUGGCCUGGGCUGGACCAAUAGUCUGUUUGCCUACGAGAGGUCCGCUUGGACCGAUGAACAUAAUAACCAGGUCCCGCCGAGGGAUCAAUUUGAACUGCCCGAGGUAGACGACGGCGUUGCAAAGUGGCGGUGGGUAAAGGGCGGCAAAUGGCGUGUUGACGGCGUCGGCGAUGUCCAGGACGAGAGCGAGUAUGACGGCGAGCCCGGUAAGAACGGGUGGAUCUACUACGACAACAAGUGGAACAACGGUCGCCGCGGGCAGGACGGUUGGGGCAAAUGGACUCGACGCAGGAAAUGGUACCGCGACGCAGAGCUUGUCGAAGUAGACACACAUGAUGAGGCCCAGACACCCGAACGCCCAUCUCCUGAAAGAUCUGCCUCGUCGCCACCACCGGAGCUCCCACCACGUACUAAUAUCACGACGCAAUCACAGCCACAAUCCACAGAACCUACGACACAGUUAUCUACAUCUGUCCCCGAGACCACGGGCUCCAACAACUCCGAUCCCUUCAGAGAUGAAGAUGCGGACAGCGUCUCGGUUCUCUCUACAUCGUCAAAGUCUACCCGAUGGAGAUUCCCAGGGAGCGGCGGCAAUGCUCCAUCCAAGGCACCCUCGAAAGCGCCGUCAAAGGCACCCUCACUGAAGAGGAGGUCCACGGGUGAUACGAAACGCAACAGACGCUUGAGCGAUGGCAGCAGUCUCCAUGACAACGAAGGUAACCUGACACCUGCUUUGGAGUUGGAGAUUCAAGGGUCCAGGAAAGAACAGGACAGCUGGGGCGUCGGGGACGAGAUCGCCAUGGGUCUCGACUAG